GGGAUUGCGAUCGCGUUUGGGGGUCUAUUACCUGCCUGCUCAUCGUGUAGAUAGAGAUAGUGGUCUCUUUGCAAUCUGCCUUACUUCUCGCUCUCGGUACAUGAAUUCACAUCGCAGCUUUUCGAGAAAUAACAGUAAGUAUCUGUUGGUGAUGUCUGUUAAUAUCGAUACUUUAUGCUACGCUCUAGUUUUGUUUUCUUCUUUAGCAGCUGCUGCUUCUCAAUUCAGACACAUUAGGGAUUAUAGUUUUUGCUGAAGAAAAAGACACCGACUACUUGCCAAAUGCUAGAGGUGGAGGUCGUCCCCACAUUGAUACGAUCAAAGUCUCAUGAUCAUGCGAUCGUCCUCUUUCCACCAGUGCGUGGCCCGGAAGAUUGCAGCUGCGCUUCCUGUGGUCACUGCAACCACACAACCUGGAUCUGUCCUCCCGUCGCGAUCAGGAGGUGCGUCGAAGUCUCGACGUCCUUAUAAAUAGGUGGUCUUCGACGUGGUCUUCGUCGAUUGCAAAAUCAUUCUACCGCUGGGCUGAAAGUUCUUGUCGAAACGAUGAUACGACAUAGAACGAGGCGGCGAGCGCGAGGAGAGCUCAAGAAUGGGAAGCAACUGCAGCAGCGGGGCGGCCGCGUUGACGCGCAACAAACAUCACGAGCAGAAAUUUUAGUGGUCCCUUCUUCAGCAGCCAGGGCUGCGAACAAAGUGAACGACGAAAAAGUCGUCGAGAAGGCAGCUAUUUCAACACGCACGGGGUUCCGUUUGCUUCUCAAUUUUCUGCGGCAGGAGAUCGUCCUAGCGGUGUACUUGGGCCUUUUCUUGUCGACGAUUGUUCUCUCAGAGUACGCCGAAGCCAUACAGCAACAGCAGUCCAGCAGCGACGAUAUCGUUCUUGGCGAACAUGUUCAAAAUCAACAAGUAGAGCACCACUUACCAGAUGUUGUCCUGCCUGGACUACUAGAUGCUCAUCUUGAAGAACAAGAAGAUAGGCGGAGCUCUGAUGUAGCCCACGAUGGCAGCACAACUUUUGCGGAUGAGGCAGUGUCUGCGUCCGAUAGUAUAACGGAGCUUGCGCUAGAAGAAUCUGUUUCAUCGCCCAGCGGAUUCGAGGAAUGCGAUUGCGAAGACGAGGAAGAGUUUCCGGGCGAAGAGCAGAACCAUGCCCCGCAGGGAGCAGCCCCGGUCCCUGGGCGUCGAGACAGAGACCAACAAUCGAGAAGCAUGCUGCAAUUGAAGCGGGGCGGGUGCUGCGGAAGGGGCCGGAGCAGGCAACCAAACCGAGAGAGGAGAGACGCAGAUGGUGGCAACGCGGAUAGACCUGAAAGUAUUUAGAAGCCACAACUUGGCGUCCAGUUUUAAUAUUCUCAGCUUGAUUGAUUUCCCUUUUCGAAAGUUGUUUCACGUCCCCGGCGUAGACUCCGCCACCACGAUCUCGCGGACAAUGAUUUUUCCACAAACGCAAACCCAGAGAAGUAGGCAAAUCAAAAAAAAAUUGCGCCAAAUGACACAUCAAAUAAACCAGGUUCUGGCUCUGCUGGAGGUGGAGCUCUUCCGCCUGGGGGCGCUAGAGUUUCCGUGCAUUCCGCGUUUAAUGGGGAGUGCAGUGGUUCGAUGACGCAGUGCUGGGGACAGGGCGCGAACUGUCCGCAGUUUUUCGACGAGCUUAGCUGUGUGGGCCCGGGUGGACCGAAGGAUCGUUGGACGGGGUGGAACUGCUGCAAAUGGACGCCAGGCGCUGAGGAGCAAGACGCUGGCGCCGGUGGCGAGAACUACAACGCAAUGCAAGAAUCUUUGCCGUUGCUGCCGCCCGCAGCCGCGGUCGGUGGCGCCGCAGCGGCGAUGAUGCCCGGCGCAGCGAUGCAGUAUAAUCCAGGCGUGAUGGAUCCGAAUGCGCAAUUCGCAAUGCAGCCCGGAAUGCAGCUGCAGCCGCCGGCUGGCUCUAAUAUGAUCGGUGGGUACAACAACGCCAACCCCACGAGCGCAGAAACUUACCAGUAUAUGCAGCAACAAAACCUGCUGGACGCCCACGCGAAUCCGUACGCGACAGGCGCUGCGGGACUAGCAAAUGUCGGCGGUUACAAUGCCGGGAUGCUGGCGCAACCGUCGGUCGCGACACCGACACCUGCUACACUUCUCUGCGCGGACAGCCCUGGCGUGUGUGCGAGCUGGCUUCGGACGAGCUUCGGGACGGCCUGCGCGCAGCUGCCAGGUAACCAACUACAGUGCGUCGACAGCGGGCCCAAGAGCAAGGGACUGACCACGUUCGGCCAGCCGUGCUGCCAAUUGGUUGCGGGACCGCCAGCCAGCCCGGCCGGGGCUGGCAGUGGUGGCGUAGCAGCCGGUCCUCAAGGCCUUCCUCCUCCUGCGCAAGCACCACCGGGGACGCUAUCCGGAUACAGUAUAGCAAUAGGUUACACAUGAACUCGCACAGUGACUUCUUCACGACGAGACUGUGUAGUACUAGUAGGUUUAGAUUGGUUCUACUUCUACUACAACCCGCGCAUAAAUAAACUGACUACAAACAAUGCUUUUCUUCGAUACUUCAUUCCAGAUGCUUGCACUUUUGCGGUGAAAGAGGAUGGCAGCCGAGUCUGCAGUACGUGGUGGCCCAAAUCGAACUGCGAGGAGUUCCGCGACGCGGAGAGCUGCUUGGAGCGGAAACCGAACAAGAUAUUCACGGAAUCGCAAUACACGCACUGCUGCGUGUGGCAUGGCAGCGGUGCACCCCCAGGACCCGCCGCACCGACACCACCACAGCAAUCAGCCGGUAGCGUGCUGCAAGACAUCGGCGCGGUACUCGGUGCGGCAGCCACCGCCGCCAAGGACGGCAUUGUGGGAACAGCUGGAACCUCAGCCGAUGAUCACGGCUCUGCAAACGCAGGCGCGCCAUCAAGUGGAGUGGUUCCACCACUGUUGCCUGCACUACCUCCCGGCGCUGCGGGACCAGAUGAUGCUAGUAAUGCGGCAACGCAAGCGCAACCAGCACCCGCGGUUUCAUCACCAGCUGUUGGAGCACCCCCGCCCGUCGCCCAACAAACACCAGCAGCGCCCCCCGGCGCUCCUCAGAUUGCACAGCCGCCGCAGGCCUCUGUCGCUGCUACAACGACGCCUCCGGCCGGAGGCCAACCAGCGCCCGAAGCUGUUCCUCCAGCUGUACCUCCUCCCCCACCACAGCAACCAGCUGCACCCACUGCGACCACACAAGCCGCACCACCCACCAUCCACCCCACGCCCGACCGCCCGCUGACCUGCAAGGACGAUCACAAGUGUUCGAGCUUUCGCGACCCAGCCGGAAAGUGUCCGACCUUCACAGACAGCGUGGCGUGUCUGAACAUGCGAUCGUGGGACGCAAAUCGAAACAACUGCUGCAGGUGGGACAGCUCGCCGUGAAUGAUCAUUUGAAGGAGCAAGAAUGAACCAAAGCCAGCGCGGACUCUUGUAAGAAACAACAUACUUACAGGAACAGGACUAUUUGUGACAUCAGACACCAGAGAGGUGAUGUCUCAGGUGGUGAGGGCAUCACCUGUUGCAGCUGUGCACAGACAACGCCGUGGCUUGUAUGUGAAGCCGAUCUGAUACUGAUUCUGAUCAGAAUCCGAUUCCUGCUGUCUUGUGUAACAUUUGGAUCCUCGUUUGCACAGUAGGUUCUCCUCCUGAUCUCGCUCCUCGUUCUUGUCAUACCUGGCUGCUCACUCUCCAAAUUUUGAAAAGAUGCCUAAGGAAACAUCUUUUCAAAAUUUGACAACCCGAACAGCCCAAGUACCAAAUUGUGAAAAGAUGCUCUCUCUGCAUCUUUUCAAAUUUUGCUAGGUGGCUGCUCACUCUCCAAAUUUUGAAAAGAUGCUGAAGGAAGCAUCUUUUCAAAAUUUGACAACCCGAACAACGCAAAUAUCAAAUUUUGAAAAGAUGCUCUUUCUGCAUCUUUUCAAAUUUUGAUAAGUGGCUGCUCACUUUCCAAAUUUUGAAAAGAUGUUGAAGGAGACAUCUUUUCAAAAUUUGACAACCCGAACAGCGCAAAUACCAAAUUUUGAAAAGAUGCUCUUUCUGCAUCUUUUCAAAUUUUGAUUGAUAGGUGGCUGCUCACUCUCCAAAUUUUGAAAAGAUGCUGAAGGAGACAUCUUUUCAAAAUUUGACAACCUCAAAAACGCAAGCACUUGCUUUGUUGAGGUUGUCAAAUUUUGAAAAGAUGUUUCCUUCAGCAUCUUUUCAAAAUUUGACAACC